AUGGCUGUGAAAGAAGCGGCCAGGAUUAAGAAGCUUCUAUCCAAGGAUCCCUCAGAACGGCUAGGCGUGUUGAGAGCACCCAGCGGAAUCCACACAGAUUCUGCGGAUCAAGUCACGCGUCUGUUGCUUGAAACACACUUUCCGAACUGUCAGAUUGAUAGUACGGAAAGUGCACCUAUACGACCUGAGCUAUAUUCGGGGAACCAACGUGAUUGGGGAAAGGCUUCAGAGAUUGUCACAUCUGAAAGUGUCACAUGGGCAAUCAGCAGCUUUUCACCAUACAAGACAGCAGGUACGGAUGGUAUUUUUCCGGCUUUGCUCCAGCAGGCUGCGGAGACCAUUACCGUGUCGCUUGUAAACCUUUUUAGGGCGUGUCUUGCCAUCGGGUAUGUACCGCAUACUUGGAGGCGAGCGCGAGUAGUAUUUAUUCCAAAACCAGGUAAAAGCAAUUACGAGGACCCUAAGUCCUUCAGACCUAUUAGUCUGACAUCGUUCUUGCUAAAAACCCUGGAGAAACUCUGUGAUAGGUAUAUUAGGAGUCGGAUUCUUGUGAAGAAUCCGUUAAGUCCUAUGCAACAUGCCUAUCAAAGAGGAAAGUCAACAGAAUCGGCUCUCCAUCAAUUGGUAAGCCGUAUCGAAAAAUCGCUUAGCGACAAAGAAAUUGCUCUCGUUGCUUUCCUGGACAUUGAGGGAGCUUUCGAUAAGGUCAACUCUACGGUUCUGGCACGAGCGAUGAGAGAGUUUAAACUAGGUCAAACCCUAGAAAAAUUUACCACUAGUUUAGUUGGAAACCGCAUUGUGGAGGCGGAGGUACACGGCGCACAACUGUCGGCAGCUGUGAGCAGCGGCUGCCCUCAGGGAGGUGUACUGUCUCCCCUUCUAUGGUCCAUGGUGGUUGAUAGCUUGCUAGUGCAACUUAACUCAGCGAACUUUUAUAGACAAGGUUACGCUGAUGAUGUCUGCAUUGUCAUACGGGGGAAAUUUCUAUCUACACUGUGUGAUCUUAUGCAGAGGGCAUUAAGCAUCGUUGAAGGCUGGUGUUAUUCCCGCGGUCUUAAGGUUAAUCCCGAAAAGACUGCUCUCAUCGCCUUCACGAAGAAGUACAAGCUGGAGGGGUAUAGGGCACCCAAAUUCUUUGGGAAAGAACUUACCCUGCAGAAAGAAGUAAAAUACCUUGGUAUUUUAUUUGAUCAAAGACUCACAUGGAAGAAGCAUCUGGAAGACCACGGCUCACGGUUGGACGGCUCCUCUGGAGCCGGGUACCACUGUCCGGAACUCGGAAUUGGUGGGUCAGUGCCACUUGGCCGGUAUACUUCUGUAUUCCAGGCCGAGGUCACAGCAAUCCUAAUUGGGGUUCAGACUCUGACUGAAUCUGGGGUUUCUGGCAGGAAAAUUAACAUAUUUUCUGAUAGCAGAGCUGCUUUGCUCUCUAUAUCGGAAAACAAAUCCCGCUCUUCGCUGGUGCUCGAGUGCCGGAAAAUGUUAGAAACGGUCUCACUUAACUGUGAGAUCGGUCUACAUUGGGUACCUGGGCACUGUGGUAUUGCGGGUAAUGAAGAGGCCGACCGCCUCGCAGUGGCAGGAGCGAAGACCGAAUUCAUCGGUCCUGAGCCUGCCGUGGGAGUGUCUCCCCAAAUGAAGAAAACCAUCAUUGGGGAGGAUUUACUUUCACAACACCAAUCGGUCUGGACGGCUACAAGUAAUUGUCGCGUGUCCAGACUGUUCAUGCCACUUGUGGACAGGAAAAGGACAGAGUACCUGCGCGAGACCGUGGCGUCUUCGGAGGGGCCCAGCAGCGGAGAUUCCGCCCUGUUCUCGAAGCUAGGUGGUGCCUUCUUCGGGGGGCCCAACUCCCCACAGCGAGUCGUCACAAAUAUCCGUGGAUAUCUCGCGAAUCGACUCACUGGGGCAAUUCCCGAUACAGGAUGGCGAGAUUCUUUGCUGUCCCUUCCGAAAAAGUGGUUGUCUACUACGGAGGCUACCGACGAGCAUGGCUUUCCCGAAGAACUACCAAAAGUACCUGUACCACCUCUAGAGCAGACCAUGACCGAGUACUUGCGUCUGCUGGAGCCAAUUCUCACGUCACAGCAUCAUGAACGCGUGAAAGGGAUUGUGAAGCAAUUCACAGCCCCUACUGGUCUGGGUCCGAUCCUGCAGCAGUAUCUCAUCGACAAGAGAGAGGAAGAGGCAAAUUGGGCCUACGACUACUGGCUCAACGACAUGUACAUGGACGUGCGACUUGCUCUACCAAUUAAUUCCAAUCCAGGGAUGGUUCUGCCACCACGUAAAUUUACAACCGUCCACGAUGUUGCUCGGUUCUCAGCGAGACUUAUAGAUGGCAUUAUGAAACACAAGGAUAUGCUGGAUAGCGGCAAUCUCCCCAUCGAACGUGCAGCAUCUCGGGAAAAAGGUCAACCUCUUUGUAUGGCUCAAUACCACCGGCUUCUAGGUUCUUGUCGUCGUCCAGGAGACCCGCGCGAUAGCCAGUACCUGCCUGAAAAGCGGACGGACCAACAUGUUAUCGUAGCAUGUCGCAACCAAAUGUACUGCGUCCCGAUUCGAGCAAGUGAUCGUGGUCAGCUUACGGAAGAUGAGAUAGCUUCGCAACUACUCUACGUCCUAAGCGAUGCCCCCUGUUUACCAGCUACCCCACCACCUGUAGGCCUCCUAACAGCACAGGCUCGCACUGAAUGGGCCCACGAUCGGGAAGCCCUACUCCAAGAUGAGCAAAAUGCCAGAAAUAUCGAACUUGUUGAACAAGCUCUGAUCCUACUUUGUUUGGACGAAUCCCUACCACCCUCCUUCAACGCACGGGCUGGAAACGGAGAUCCUACAAUUGGACACCACGCUGCUGGUAGGGAUGAGACUAACAUGGAACAUGAGAUGAUCCAUGGAGGCGGAAGUGAAUACAACAGUGGGAAUAGGUGGUUCGACAAGACAAUGCAGAUUAUCGUUUGCAACGACGGAACCUGGGGCCUGUGUUACGAACACUCUACUUCCGAAGGGAUAGCCGUAGUUUUGCUUCUAGAGGGUAUUUUGAAAGCCAUUGAUGACAUGGGAAAUGUCGAGGAGGGAGUUGGACAGCAGCAUUUGCCACCUCCCGAACGCUUGGAAUGGGUCAUAAGGCCACCUAUGCAACGCCGUUUGAUAAUUGCAGCUAAGUCUUUCGAUCAACGAAUUGAAGAUCUGGACUUCUACGUCUACCGGUAUCAGACCUACGGCAAGUCCUUUAUUAAAGCUUGCCAAGUUAGUCCUGAUUGCUACAUACAACUGGCUCUGCAGCUGGCUUAUUACAAACUUUAUGGGCACCUGGUGAGUACUUAUGAAAGCGCUUCAACAAGAAGAUUCCUCCUGGGCAGAGUUGACUGCAUCCGAUCGGCAACGACUGAAGCCCUGGAGUGGGCAAAGGCCAUGUGUCAGGGCGAAGGACCCAAUGUUCCCCUGGAAAGCGACAAGGAGGAUGAUGACAAAGAUGGGAAGAAAGUCACCUUUAGCCUCUAUAGCAAGGAUCACUUGAGAGAACUCUUCCGAUGCGCAGCUGCCCGUCAGACAGAGAUUAUGGUGCAGAAUAUCCUUGGACAUGGCAUUGAUAUCCAUCUCUUGGGUCUCCGGGAAGCCUGUAAGGACCGUGGAGGUCCUAUGCAUGAACUCUUUACGGAUGAGAGCUACAAGAUCGCCAAUUGCUUCCUCCUAUCCACCAGUCAGGUCGCCUGCUCAACUGACAGCUUCAUGGGCUACGGUCCAGUAACUCCUAAAGGCUACGGUUGCUCCUACAAUCCCUAUCCCGAUGAGAUAACAUUCUGCAUCUCUGCAUUCUUUUCUGCAGAAAAUACCAGUGCCACUCGAUACGCCAAGUCCCUACAGGAUUCCCUGGACAUCAUGCGCGAUCUACUAUCUUCGUAAAUUUUCUCCCUAACCUAAAACGCUUAUUUAACCCCAAAAAAACUUUACUAAAAAAAACUUCCAAACUUGGAAGUCUAAAAUAACACACUGAAUCGAGAGCUUUACAAAAACACGUGUGAAAAAAAAAAUUGAUAAAAGCUUGUGCACCAGAAUAUAAUUCUGAAGAGAGAGAAAAUAUUUAUAUUUAUUCUUUAAAAAGAAAAAAAAAACAAAUCUAUUUAGUGUUGAAAAAGAGAGAAUUUAUUGGUGUUACUAGUUGAGAUGACAAAAAGAAUUGUUGAUUUAGCAAAUUUAUUUGUUAGACCUAUUGGAAGAUUUUUGUGUUGGAACUUUGUAGGAGGUUUUUGACGAAACUUUACGGUUUUUUGUGAAAAGGUCACACAAGACAUUUUAUGCCUUUUCACUACAAAAUUUGUAUACAGAAAAUACAAAAUGAAGAACAAUUUUGAAAGAGGAAACAAGACAUGAAACCGAAACAUAUCAAUAAAUAGUGUUAACCACAAUUUUGUGAAAAAUUUCAAAGAAGUAAAUCUGAAAACGAUACAUAUCAUAUCAACGGAUUUUGUAGUAAAAAAACACUGGGCAAGUGUUUAAAAAUUUAGAUGCCUAAAAUUGUUGUAUAAUACAAUUAUGCAUAUAUAAAUAUACAGUAAAUAUUGAAUAAAACAUUUGGAUGUGUAGUUGUAGAUAAAAAGUAGAAAACCACUGCGUGUAUUAGCAAUAUCACAAAAUUCUAGUUUAGUAACCACCAAAAAAAAACCAAAAAACAUAAUAUCGAAGUAUUUAUUGGACAAACAAAUGUAUUGGAUGUUUUUUCGUGGAUAAAACCAUUUCUUGGGCCCCCCUGGGAGCGGAGUUUUUGCACAAAAAUACAGGUUUUGUGGAAAUUUGAAUUUUAUAAAAGUUUGUCAGAGUUUUGUCAAACUAUCACAGAUGUUUUGUAAACACAGCAAACCCCUACAGACUUCUGCAAAAUCUAUAAUUUUGUGAAAAAAAACAAUACAAUAUCACUGAAAAUCUACUGAAAGUAGAUAUAUUUAACAAAAUGUUUGUUAAAAAUCAAUAAAACAUUGUAUAGAUUGUACAGAAAGUUUUGCUUAACUCACGCAGCUUUGUCGAUAUGAUAAUUUUCUGGACUUCCGUGGAUAGUCUGUGAUGGAGUUUUCUAAAUAGGCACAACAGAGGUUAAGUUGUAAGGUUAAAUUGCGAUAAACAUAACCUCAAAAAAAUAACCUAAGUUUCUAAAUCUGAUGGGUUUUAUAAGUUGACUUUGCAUAUAAGAAACUUUUUUGAGGUCACAUUGACUUGAUUGACUUACAUUUAAGCGCAAUAUUUUAUCGGAAUUGAAGCAAAACCUAAAAAAUACUCAAAAUAUUUUCCUUAAGGGUUUGUACAUCAGCUAACUGAAUUUUGUUAAAAGUUUGUUGAAAGAUCUUCUUUCUUAAACUGCCAAAAAAAUUUGUUAUAUUUCGUCUUCACAGAAAAAAUAUUUCCUAAAAUUGUUCGUAAAUGUUUGUGAAUUUCUAAUGAAGACUUACGAAAUACUCGUAAAUCGCAUAACCAACAAACAAGUUUGCAAAAGUUUGUACUUUUCUCACAAACAUUGUUCGUAACAUGAUCACUUGUCAAGCAUUCUUGUGUGUUUAGAAACAUUUACAAAGAAAAGUUUGUAAAAGUAAAAAAAAAUGCUAGUCAAAUAAUCAUCUUACAAACAAUGUUUGUCAAAAAAGUACAAACUUUUACGAACUUGUUUGUGGCUUAUACGAUUUACGAGUAUUUCGUAAGUCCCCAUCAGGAAUCCAUAAACAUUUACGAACAUUUUUACAAAACAUUUUUUUCUCUGUGGAAGAACAUUAAUUUCACAAACUUUUAACAAAAUCCGGUUCACCGACGAUUGGUCAAAACGUUUUUAUAUUUUAUAUGAACAAAUAUCAUUUUAACAAACACAUGACAAAUCUUCAGUUUCAAUUUUCUCCUUUCAGAGUAAAUAUUUAAAACUUUACUUGAUCAACUGAUAACCUAAUACAGUAACGCAGUUAAAGCGGAUCAAGCAAAGUGUUUCUACGACGUCUGUCGUAGACGGUGUAUAAAGCAUUAUAGCCUACCAAAAAAUAAGCCACGCCCAAAAGACUUCUUGGAUGAUUUAUUGUAAUUAUUGCAGAAUAUUUUCCCGACUCACGCCUCUUUUAUAUUACAAUAAAAGAAAUGGAUAACCAUUUCAUUGUUUUUGAACGGAUGAUUUGGAGUUUUUAUCAGUUAAAAUAUACAUAUAAAAGAAGCGUUUUUUCUGAAGAACUAUCAACUGACUUAAAGAAAGUAUGACCCGAUUUAAAAUAAAAAAAAUACCAUUAGGAGCGUGGUUUAUUUUUUAAAGCUUGUUUGAAGGAGUCAUCGUGAAUCACCACAUGACUUACUGCGAUCAGUCUUUUUUUUUAUAAAGAGCUAUACUUCAGCCGAGAAAAUUUAUACUGUCAACUUCUUCGAAACCUUGAUUUUUCUCGCUCUGAUAAGUUCUUAGAAUUUUAUUUUCUUAAUUAUGUUCCUUGAGGUGAUUUGUGGGCAAUGUUACCAUGUCGGACUUGGACAUUGAAAACUGUUAGUCAGAGUUUCCCUCACCGAAGCUCUUGGACAACUUAUUCUCCAAAGCAGUAGGGACGCUUUUUAAUAAGUCAUGGCCUAGGAGGUCUUCUUAACUAUUUCUUAGCUAGACUUUUAGAAAAAAUAAAAUAUUUUCCAAAAUGUCAUAGAACUAUCUUAAAAUUUCAAGAUCAAUUUUUUUAUGAACCUAACAAUAAACAACAAAUUGAAAGUUUUCUUUGGAAAAGUGUCAAAUUUCAUAAAAUUUCCCGAACUAACUUUAGGACUAUCCCUUAUUUUUUCAUUAUUAAGCGAUCUGUUGUCCGCCGCCGUCGUUUUGGGCAUUAAAUUAAUUGUUCGUUAGUUUAAAAUUACCCUAAAGCAGCUGAUUAUUAUUUGAUGGAUUGAUUAUUUGUAUUAAUGUAAUUUAUAUUGUAUUGUACCCCAUCCUCUACACGGCCAUCGCCGUCUUAGCGUGUCUGUCAAUUACAGCUUUUAAGAUAGAAAAGAUGGAAAGGUCCUUUAAUUGGUUGAAUCUGUUAGGACCGUGCAUAGGCACGUAGGUCCCGUUACAUAUUUAGAUGGGUAUGCUCACAAUGAGAACUCUAUCAACAUAAGUUCUAUUUCUUCCAGUUCGAAAAUGUAAUAUGUUUAUUUCUCUUCCACUUCUUUUUCAUUUUGUGGCCUUUUUACAAUUUUAAUGCUAGAUUGAAAGGGAAACGGGUGACUUGAUGACUUCUACAUGACAUGAUUUUAGAUAAAAAAGAAAUUAUAAUUAAGGGGCGUGGCCUAUUUUAUUAUUUGUUACGCCUUUCGUAUCUCUUUUUUCGCAAUAUUUUAUAUUAAAAAUGAAAAAUUCAUAGAUCUUGAAGAAUGUUUGCUAAAAAUUUACUUGUGUGCGGAGUUUAUGCAAAAGAUCCAAUAUUACGUUACUAUGUUGUUGGUACACUAAGAGAAAUCCGAAAAAGUUAAAAUAACAUUCCGAAAAUGUUGAUUUUACCUUGCAGUAUUGAUCCAAAAUUGGUGUAAAUAUUACCCUAUUUAGGUGUAUUAGGGGUUAAAGUUACCCUUUUCAUGUUAAUUUUACCCUUAAAAGGGUUUAAAAUUGACAUUAAAAAAUGUUGAUAUAUUUUUACACCUAAAAAGUGGUAAAUUUCUGAGGAAAAAAUGUUAAUCGUUCCCUCUUUUAUCCCAGUGUAUAGUGAUCCAUCAACAUUUCUUUCACAAUUACAAUGAAACAGUCCAAGAGAGCCGGGUGACUCUUGUAUGAUUUAAUUUAAACUCUUAAAAAAUACUAUUAGGGGCAUGGCUUAUUGAUCAGUUAGGCAUUUCGAACAAUUCUUUUAAGUUGGUUGAACUGUUUCCAUAAAAAUAUAAGUACUAUCAGAAGCACCAUUCUGAAUCACCUAACUAACUGCCAGCAGAUUUUUUCAUAAAAAGCUAUACUUCAGCCGAGAAAAAAUUCACUGUUCAGUGAGACAAACCUGCUAGAGAAUUGACAAAUGAACAAUACGGUUUAGGAAUUAAUCAAGGAACUGCGAUAUAAACUCAAUAGUUUCAGAAAUUGGUACAGAGUCUAACCUAAAAAUGCAGCAAACCUUGCAACAUAACCUGUAAUUUAUUUAAAAACACCUAUCAUCACAGCUUCCACGUCUCUAAAAAAAAUCGCUAUUGUUUGCUCUGUGUGCAUUGUUAAUGGUCAAAAGUGUCACUAAUAGCGCAGAAAAUGUAUUUGUAUUUCAAUGGUGAAUAUAGAAACUUUAGAUAAUGGAUCAUAAAUAAAAGGAUAUUAGACUUUAGGUUUUAUUUUCAAAGUUCAUUUUCUCAACGGAAGAAACGCUGCAAAUUAUCGAACGCCAAGAGCAUUUCGAUGGACAAAACCAAAGUUUCUUUUGCGAGAAAUGAACGCCCGCACAGUAACUCUUGUCCAUUGAUAAAGAAGUUAGAGUAGGUAAUUGGAAAAAAAAAACAUAGGCAGUAAAAUAGUUGUAUAGAAAGUUUACUAAUUAGAUUUAUAGAUCACAGAAUGAAUCACCAGUAUGUAACCAAAGAGAAAAAAAAGGUUAAUAAUACUCAUUGGAAUUUGAUGAAUUGGCUGAGAUAGAGACCAAAAAGUUCCUACAAUUUGUGAAAAACAACCGAGCCUCAUUCAUCGAAUUCAAAAGCCAGGAAAAAAGUGCUUGUAAAAAAUUCUAAGUUGUCAUUGUUAUUAAUUGUCACAUUAUUGGACUAAUCACGCUCGAUGUAUUAGUGAAACAUAGACUACAGUCAAUUUGAGGUGUAUCAUAGUUGAAACAAAACAUAUCAUAAUCUUAUAAACAUAUUUUAAGGAAAUUGCGUAGAGCAGAAACAAGAAGAAAAAAAACACGGAAAAACAUUGUAAAUAAUUUGGCCAGGAAGUAUUGCUGGGAAAAGUGGUUGUUUUCCGUGAAAGGGUGCCCCAGAAACAUGAUUGAUGUUUCUAAAACAAAAAAUUAUAAACAUAACCAAUACAUAUCAAGAAAAUACCUUACUCGUCAUAACUGUGUAAAUAGGUAUUUAGUUGAGAAAAUGUAAAGUAUUUAAUUGAAAAAGAAACAUAUCAUCUAGCAAAAAGAAAAAAUUGUGUGAAUUUAGCUGAUAACGAAAUGUGUUCCAAAAAAAAUACAGAAGCAUGGACAAAACAUGUAAACAACUCUAUGGAAGAGAUGUAGUGAAUUAAAUAAAAAUAUUUAUUGGAA